AUGCUCUCCAAGACAACACUCGUGUCGUUAACGGCCCUAGGGGCUGCUAGUCUUGCUCUCGCACAGACUAACAUCACCGCCAGCGUCUGCGCAGACCCCUCUGCCUUCACUACCUGCUCAACAAAAGUCCUAACGGAGAGUACGGGAUGCAUGGACAUAUGUGCCGGCAACAAGAUCUGUGUUCUUGGCUGCGGAUGUGCCAUGUACCAGGGCUAUAUGAACUGUGUGGCUGAAUCAUGCUGGAAUCAAGCAUACUCGUGCGAAUACGACGAAUUGGUAGCAGAGUACUUCAUCGAAUGUCCUGUUGCCACCCAACCGGUCCCGUUCUGGCCAGCGCCGGAUAAUGCUCCUAGCGGUUGUUCGUGCAAUCUUGGCAAGAUCGUGCAGUCGGUCAUUAAGGCGCAAAAGGAGUAUAACUCGUGUAUCACGAAUAGCAGCACAACCUCGCCUAUCGAGCUCGCGAAUAAGGACACCGCCUGUGGAUGUUGCGAGGUUAGCGCCGGGCUGUCUGCCAUGUACGAAACCUGCCCCGACACGAUCCCCUCCGACAUGGGCGCAGACCUCUGGUUCAAAACAGCAACUCUUUAUGGCACGGUGAUUGAUUGGGGCACCUGCGGGAGUGUCCUUGACAGUUACAAGUGCCAGAACCUAGGAUUUGCGCCUCCGUCGUCCAAAUCGAACACCUUUUACAAGCCAAACAAUCUACCCCCGAAUGGCACCCAGACGCUGUACAAUACUGGCGCCGUGACUGCACUGACCGCACCGCCUAGCGGGUCGGUGUUCUCCUGGUCGCAGUCCACCGUGACUUACACUGUGACUGCAUCGCCGUGGAAGAAUAACGAUGUAAAGGCGACUGGAACUGGCGCAUCUGGCGCAUCUGGUUCCUCUGGCACCGCUGGGGCCGCUGGGGCUACUAAGACUUCGAGUACUGGAGCGGCUGUCUCGUUGAAGCAGUCGAAUGCGGCUGUUUGGUUAUCAGCGCUCAGUGUCCUGAUCAAAAUGACGUUUGCUUAG